UGUCUUGUUAAAAGCUGUUGUGUAGUCCUCUGUCCUGGGCGGCUAAAGCCUGGCUCCCUUCCAGGCCCUGUUUUGCUCCUUUUCCUGCCCUCCCGAGAAAGGAGGGCAGCACACAAGGUAGUCUGUGUGUGGACAGGGAGCCCUUUUCUUCCAGGGCUGGCCUGUUCUGCCGUCUGCUUCCUGUUUAGACAGGCAGCAGCCCCAGAUCGGAUCCAUCACUUGCUGCGUUUAUUUGAAGCCUUACAAAGUUGUGCAGCUGGCAGAAAAUUAGAUUCAGAGUUCUUGGCUGGCUGUAUCAGGCUUCUGAAAUCCAGGAGAAGGGGAAGGCAGUGUGAAGAUAUGAGAUACGUAGGUAUUCCCGCAACACUAUCCCCUUCCAUCUCUGGGGGCUGGAUCCUUACUCCUGAGAAACUGGAGCGUUAGUGGAAGUUUCAUGACAUCAGGGCAACUCAGCCAGCAGGGGAGGGUGGAGCUGGCAGGCUUCAGCCAAUGAUGCCGCCUGGGCAAACCUAGGCUACAAACAGUGCCCUCUUGUCCCCCGUCUGGGUGGCUGACCAGUUUCUCCAUCAGAUAAACCUCUGAGGCUGUGUGUCCGGCCAAUCUGCAGAAAUGGGGGGUCCUGCUUGGGGCAUCUUCGGGGCCUCCCUUCUCCUUGGGGCCCUUUGGGGACUUGCGUGGGGUGGCCAGCAGAUGGGCAAGCUCGCGGACAAGAAGCUGUGUGCCGACGCCGAAUGCGACCAUCCCAUCUCCAUCGCGGUUGCUCUCCACGACUACAUUGCCCCCGACUGCCGCUUCAUCCACAUCCAGAGGGGCCAAGUGGUCUACGUCUUCUCCAAGCUGAAGGGCCGCGGGCGACUCUUUUGGGGAGGCAGCGUGCAAGGAGACUAUUAUGGGGAGCACCCGGCCCGCCUGGGCUACUUCCCCAGCUCCGUCGUCCAGGAGAACCAGUACCUGAAGCCAGGCAAGGUGGAAGUGAAGACUGACAAAUGGGACUUCUACUGCCAGUGACUCAAGCAGACCGGAUUCGGUGACGCCCCAGCUCUCGUUCCCGGAGACCACGCCAGCCUUGCAGGAUAGGGCGCCCGGGAGUCUCACGCCUGCUCUGCCUAGUUCUCGCUAGAUGCUGCUGCUCUUCCUACGUGGGCCUUGCAGCGGGGUGGGGGCUGCAUCCUGCAGCUGCCCCAGGUGUAGAUAAAGAGGGGGCUUCCAUUGACACAACUGACCCCUUCCGCCCUUGAAAUAAAGCGCUUUCUGAGCAAAACCCGUACUGAUGUUUUUGAUCUUGAGAACCGAACAGCACAUAAAAGCCUACUGGGUAUGGCCAAUAGCCCUUCUAGGCUAGCAUCCGAUUCUAGGAAACCAGCAAUCAGGAUUCAAACACAGGAGCAAUAUUCUCCCCUCCUGCAGUUUCCAGCAACUUGGGUUCAGAAGCAUGGCUGCCUCCAAAGAAUAGCGAUCCUGUCUAGUCGCCAUCCCUAGC